AUGAUACAAGGACUUCAACUUUUUAUUUUAUCUAUAUUUAUUCAACAAUGGCUUACAACAGACAGUCAAAUCUAUCUUAAUCCGUCGAUUCCUAUCAAGGAAAGACUUGAUGAUCUAAUAUCGCGCCUAACUAUUGAAGAAAUAGUUGAUCAGUUAGCAAACGGUGGAGGUGGACCAACAUAUGGACCUGGACCGGCCAUACCAAGAUUAAAAAUCAAGCCGUAUCAGUGGCGUACAAAUCCAAAUCAAGGACAAUGCACUUCAUUUGUUCAUCAGAUCAAUCAGGCCGCCUCAUUUGAUGUACUCAAUGUUUGGCAAAUCGCCUUCGCCAGUGGAUUAGAAAUGAGAGCUAAAUGGAAUCAGUUUAGUAAACAAAAUAAUUAUCAUGAUAACACUGGAAUAAACGUGUUCGCACCGAUUGUCAACCUUCUACGACAUCCUCUUUGGGGAAGAAAUAAAGAAACUUAUGGAGAAGAUCCAUAUUUAGCUGGUGAAUUGGCUAAAGCUUACGUUCAUGGAGUCGGGGGUUGGGAUGUGCCAGACAAUAAGGCGAAACAGCUGCAUCCUCUAAGAACGAAUCCUGUAAAACAACAUGUGAUGAUGGUUGGUGCAAACUGUAAACAUUAUGUAGCACACAAUGGGCCCGAGAAUAAUCCUGUUUCAAGGUUAUCAUUUGAAGCUGAAGUACCAGAACAUGAUAUGUGGAUGACCUAUCUACCAGCUUUUCGUGCAUGCAUGGAAGCUGGAGCUGUAGGAAUUAUGUGCGCAUACAGUGGAGUGAAUGGUACACCUGCAUGCGUAAACCACUGGCUAUUGGAUACUGUACUCAGAAAACAGUGGAAAUAUCCAGGUUUUGUCAUAAGUGAUGAAGGAGCAUUACAAUUUUUAGUAUCAAAACACCAUAUCUACUCAAAUCUACAAGAAGCUGCUGUCGCUGCCAUUAAAGCUGGUGUGAAUAUAGAAAAUGCCAUUCCUAAUGCUAUUAAUGCAUACUCAGAACUUUUGAAUUUAACAAAAUCUGGAAACAUUACUGAAGGUGAAUUACGAAGUUUAGUACGUCCUCUGUUUCUCGCCAGAAUUCUUCAAGGCGAAAUGAACACUCCAGAAAUGGAUCCAUAUGCUAAUUUAUUACCUAAUGCGGUGGUUAAGAACUCGAGGCAUAGGCACUUAGCAGUGGUCACUGCGGCCAGGACAAUGGUACUACUGAAAAACUCUGAGAGAUUUUUACCACUUAUGUCUUCUGUAAAUCCUGAGAUCCGUCCUUUGAGACAUAUAGCCUUGAUUGGACCAUUUUCAACGAGUGUCGAUGAGUUAAUUGGCAGCUAUGCAACACGCCCUGAUCCAGUUGAUAUAAUUCCACUGGAUAAAGGACUUGAAAGUAUAAGCGAAAAAAUCACCUCCUCAAAUAUUUGCAUUGAUGGUGCAAAGUGUUCCAUGUACGAUGAUAUAGCGCUUCAAGAAAUACUUCUACAGCCGGACAUUGACCUUGUCAUCAUAACCGUUGGUACUGGAAGAAAUGUUGAAAAUGAAGGGCAUGACAGACACGAUUUAAAUUUACCUGGAAAACAGAAUAUGUUUCUGUUAAAUGCCUUAGAUUUAUCGGCAGGUCGGGGAAUAAUAAGACGUUUGCCCGUACCAGUAAUUGUGUUGGUUUUUUCGUCUGGACCGAUUGAUAUUGAACCUGCUGUGGAAGAUCAAAAUGUUAAAUCUAUAUUCUGGUGCGGUUACAUGAAUUCUGUACUUGGUGAAGUAGUCGCUCGUGUAUUAGUUGGAAAUUCUGGCAGACCAUUUGGUCCAUAUGCACCACUACUACAACUUUAUCCUGAAUCUUCUGAAAUUGGAAUAUGGGGUACAGAUAUGGAUGAAGGUCACUGGUGGAUACCGGCAGCUAGACUUCCGUUUACGUGGUAUGCAUCCAUUGAUAAGUUAGCCAAUAUAACUGUAUACAAAAUGACGAAUCAAACCUACCGUUAUCUACCAAAAUCUUGUACGAAAAAUCAAAACGUGUGUCCAAUACCAAUUUUAUAUCCAUUCGGUUAUGGGUUAACAUAUAACAUGGUAUCUCCUUCAGUUAGCGGAUUUGAUUAUUCGAAUUUAGAAUUACCAUUGGUCUCAGUCAAGCCGAAUCAACCUGUUGUUGUCUAUGCAACUAUAAAAAACAGUGGACAUAUUGCAUGUGAGGAGGUGGUUCAGCUAUAUAUUCAGUGGCUAAAAUGUGGGCAGCCUGAUAUAGAUGAUGAAAAUCAAGAGAAAUGCAUUGUGCCUAAUAUUCAGUUGGUUGGCUUUAAACGCGUUCGAUUGGAUGUUGGUGAAAAACUACGUCUCCAAUUCCAUUUAUCCCAGACCAACUAA